GAUAUCUUUACAGAAAAUACCAAUGAAGCUUUAGAUAAUUUGGGAACUAAUAAUGAAAAUAUGUUCUUAAGUUUACAAUAUGAAACUACUCAAAAUGAAGAUUUACAACAUGAAGUUGAUAAUAAUACUGAAUUUACCUCACUUUUUGAAGGCUACAAGAAUUAUAAAACCUUCAAAAAUAUUAUCAAUAAAAUUGAACAACUUGGAAACUGUAAAAGUGUCAACAA